AUGAACGAAUCCUCGAAGCUUGCUCAGAGCUCGGCCAUCAUCUCCGAUCUGCGAGAGCUCUUCUCUCUCUUUAGGAGUCGGAGGACCAAGGUCUUCCUCUAUGGCUCUGCCCUCGCCUUCGUCGCCUUCACAGCCUACUUGGCCUUCUGCCCCGCCGAAAAGGGCUCGCCUUGGUUCAGCGACUUCUUUAGCUACGCUUCCACCUCCACCGCUUCCUACCGGCCUCAAAUCUCUUCGAUUGUUUCCUAUAUCUUUCCCAAUUCCUCCUCCCCACAAAUUCCAGCCUCUUUUCCGGAGGGUGAUGGCGGUGGGUGGUCGCGGAGUGGCGGCGUUCCGGAGGGUAGUUUGAGUAGUGCCGCAGGCGGAGAGAUGGACCAAAAUAGUGGUGUCUUGGCGAGGAAGAAGGAUGCGGCGGCGAACAGCGUCUCUGUCGCGAAAGGAAGCUGCGGCACCAGAGCGAGGGACCGAAGAAGUGGGAUAUUGGCAAAGAACGAGACGAUGCCCCACGGCGCCGCUGUCUCGGAAGGAGACGGCGGCGGCGGAGUGACGGACCAAAAAAGUGGCGUCUUGGGCGAGAACGAUGCGACGGCGGCGAAAGGCGAUGCGAUUGCGAAUGCAGACGGCGUCAGGUCGCAGAGAGGCCGCGUCUCGGAGGGUAAUUCGACUACCGCCGGCCGCGGAGCGGGGGACCCAAAAAAUGGGAAGAACGAGACGGCGGCGGAAGACGACGUCGUGAGGUCGCAGAGAGGCGGCACCUCGGUAAGUAAUCUGACUAAUUCCGGCGGCGCAGCGAAGGACCAAAAAAGCGGGGUCUUCUUGGCGAAGAAGAACGAAACGGCAGCGGCAGCGGCAGCUGACGGCGUCUCCGCCGAGAAAGGAGGGAUCUCGACGCCGAACAACCACACAUCCAGUCGAAUUGAAUCGCAGGGAAAUGGCGUCGCGAAGAACACCACCAGCAAUGGAGAUUCCAAGACGAAAGGUCUCGGUGCGUCUUCAAAAACUACAAUUUUAGCAACCAGGAAUCAAACAGCAACCGACUCGCAAUCCAAAAACCAGAUAACAUCUGGAGUUCUUCCUCCAAACGCCAGUGAUUUGCAGUCGAAGAACAUGACUAAGGCUACUGAUGGAUCGAAGAAAGAUGCAUCAGCAGCACGGAAGAAUCAGACCGCAAAAGGAGAAGCUUCGGGGGGAACUAAAGUUUCUACUAGUAGUAAGGAAUCCACCAUUGCUCCUCAGAACAAUGGAUCCUUAGCAAAGAACCAAUCCAUCAGUUCAAAGGGAAGAAACCAAGCAGAUUGGAUCAGUUCUAUGAAAAGUUGUGAUAUUUUUCAAGGGAAGUGGGUGAAGGAUAAUUCCUACCCUCUCUACCCUGAGGGUGCGUUUGGUUCAAGUCAUCAUGUAUAGCCUUGGUUACAGGUAAUCACAUAACCAACGUUAUAGGGAAUAAAACAUAAUCAA